UCUAGCGUCAUUUGUGGUUUUGGCGCCAAGGGACAUGGAACCGCCGGUAAUGAGCCUCCGCGUGCGUCCCGCCGAGCCGAUCGCGGCGUCGCCGACGCUGGCUACGCUGCCAACAAAGCGCUGGGGCAAGCUCGAAGCGCUGCUCGGCCUCGGCUACAUGCUCGUGUCGAUUGCCAGUGGCUUCUGGUACGUCGUCCAGCUCGGCGAGACGUUUGCGAACGACAUGUGGUGGGCCGGCUACAACCUCAGCGGCCACGAAGCGUUUAUCGUGGACGUGGCCAACAAGCUGUUGCACCCGGGCCUUCCGGACGGCGCGCCCCUGGAUCUGCUGAGCGCCGUCAUGGUCAAGUCGUACACGUCGCCCGUCUCGUCGAGCCUCGUGUACCCGGCGUAUGCGCGCCAGUUUGUGCUCCACGAACUCCAGUCGCUCGAGUACGCGGUGCGCAACCUUCGGACGCUCUCACCGGCGUGGUCGCUGCGCAUGAACACGCAGCACUGCUACGUGGACUUCAACAAGUCGUUUGAGAUUGCGCACACGGAGGCGCGGCAGGCGCGGUGCGCGACCAAGUACGCGACCAACGCCGCCGUGUACCUCGAAGCGACGCUCCGCAACCAAGUGUGGAGCAACUUUCUCGGGUUUUGGGCCGGGCCCGGCAAGGCCUUCUCGAUCGGUCUCCUCGGGCCGCUCCAAGCGACCAGCGCCGGGCAGCAGUGGCUGGCGACGACGGCCGCCGCGCUUCCGACGCACUCGGCGGCCGACGAGGUCGCGUACUGGACGUCGUUUGGCGUCCAGCGUUUUGAGAUGCUGUGGCAAGACAAGACCGAGACGGGCAUCACCGAAUCGUUUACGAUCUUGAACGCGCUCGGGAUGCCGCACACGUUUGCCGUCAAGAGCGCGGCGACGGCUUCGGGUCCGUGGAGCUCGGAGAACAUGUAUUGGCAGCCGCUCAACGACCUCUGGGCCAUGUGGACCUUCAACCGCAGCCUCAUUGCGUCGUCGUCCAACUGGUUUGGGCUCAAUCGAACGCGCAACAACCUCGCGCUCAUCAACGGCAACAGCCGCGCCGACGGCACGUUCGACCCGGUGCCGCAGCUCUUUCACGACACGAUCGGGCCGUUCUUGACGGUCGACAUCGUUUACGUGGCGCCACCGCCCGCACUUCGCAAGGUCUAUGACGCCGUGCAGGCGGUUGUCGCCAACGCCAUCACAAGCAAGCGCGACCUCAAAGCGCAGUACGACCUGGUGCGCGCCAAGGCUGUGGUGCUCACGCCGCAGCCGCCAGCGUGGACAGCGGAUAGCACGCGUGUCUACUACGGCGGCAACCCGGGUUGCACGCGCAACGCUGGCACCGCGUUCGCGCAGGAGACGAUCAACUUCUUUGACGCAUGCAACUCGGGCGCGCCGCUCGCCGUGUCGUUGGAUGACCCGAACAGUCUCGUCUUAGCGCUUCAGUUUCAGGCGCCGGCGGCUUCGGACGCGUGCGCGCUGUCGUCGACGCGCCGCGCAGAGUGCAUUCAUCUUCUCUCGGUGGCGACGACACUUGCGACGGCCGUCGGCGCCGCGGUGCCGACUGCGGACGCCAUGACAGCGGUCCUCGCCAUUGGCCCCGAACUCAUGCAGUUUUCGUUUCGCGGCGUCAACGGGGAGCUCCUGCGUCAGCCGCUGCUCGACACGACGUCGCCUGCCUGGUCGUUCUACGGCAGCGCGAUGCUCUACGACUGGGUCCUGGGUCGCCGCGAGGUCUUGCAACUCGAAGCGGAUGUCACUACGAUGGUGCUCAUGUCGGCGGCGCUGACGCCCAAGGUCGUGCCUACGAGCAGCGGCAACCGGUACAUUGAGAAGGCGACCGUCGUUCUCGUCUACCUCAUCGCGGCCACGAGCGCCAUCUUGGCCUUAGUCGCGCUGCUCUGCCUUUGGUACGCGUCGCUCGGCAUCGUCGGCCGCAACCUCGCCUUCUUCAACCGCGUCGCUGGGGCCACGUGGGUCGGUCGGCCGCUGCUGUUUCUACGCGGCGCGGCGGCCGCCUGCCUCCUCAGCUCCACGCGCCUAGAGCUGCUGGUCGAGAAUGGCGUCACGCGUCUCGCGCUAUCUCCGCGCGGGUUCCUCGCGUCGGCGAUCGUCGCGGCCGAGGCGACGUGGGUGACGUACGUGGUCCAAGACGUUAUGGUCAUCGUGCACGCGCCCGUGACGGCCCGCGUCGGCCCCGUCGUCUCGUGCGCGCUCUGGCUCGCGUUUCUCAUCCUCGACCAAGUCGCGCCGCUCUCGCCCGUCGGGACCAUCGCCCGCGUCUGCGACAGCACCAACAUGGACUACGCUGUCGCGUGCUCCAGCGCGUCGGUGGCGCUCGGGUCGGCCCCGCGCUUUUUUACGCUUCUCGCUGUUCAGUUGGCGGUGCCACUGGUUGCGUUUGGCGCCGGGCUGCGCUGGCUGCCGCGGGCGACGACGGCGUCGACCAAGAACUUGCUGCUUUCGGGCGCGGCUCUCACGUUUUUAACGCCGCUCCCAGAGUCCACCGACGCGGUCGCAGUCCUGGACGACGUCUCGUGUGUCCUCACCGGCGUCCUUCCGCUCCGUCGACGCCUCUUUGACAUGCCGCUCUGGGUCGUUUUGCCCAAUGGGCUUCCGACGCUGCGUGGCGUCGCGCUCGAGACGCCCUCCUUGGAGGGCUCCAAUCGCACCGCAUCGACGCUCGGCUCUUCGCUUCGCAAGUCGACGUCCACGACCAUCGCGAUCGCGUGGCUCGCAGCCCUCGGCGGGUUUGCCUACAUCCUCGCGUCCAUCGCGGGCAGCGUCUCGUACGUCCAAGUGUCGGCGACCAACAUGGCCAACGACGUGUUCUGGGCCAGCUUCAACUCGACGGGCGCACACGCGUUCAUCGCCAACUGGUUCAACGAGCAGCUCGUGCUCGGCGUCGCUUCGGACAACGUCGCCUUGCAGCAAGUGGCGCUACCGGCCUACUUUGGCGCGACCACCGCGCUCGUCUCGGCGCCCGUCAACUUUGGCGCCAAGCUGCAGCAUGCCCAGCAGGUGGUGACCGCCAUCGAGGGACUGCGCUCGACGGACGCGUGCAACGCACCGUGGAUCUUCACGCCCUACUGCUACGUGGACGUGGCUCGCAAGUGGGAGCUCGCCCACAGCCAAGCCCGCCAGGCGCGGUGCGCGACGCAAGUGACUAACGGCGCCGUCUUUCUCGAGCUGCUUCUGCGCAACAUCGAUGCGACUUCGUGGAGCGCGUGCUGGGGCGACGCGUUCGACAUUGCGAUCGGCCGCGCGCUGUCGGCGACGGGCGACGGCGUCGCGCUUUUGAACAAGCUCGCGUCGCCGACCAAGGCUUCGAUCGGCGAUGAAGUUGCGUACUGGGCCAGUGCCAAGAUUAGCUCGUACGACGUGCAGUGGCAAAACUACAAGCGCAUCGGCGUGCUCAACAGCUACGCGAUCGUGAAUGCGUACGGCGUCGCGUACCCGCUGACGCUCCAGGCGCAGAACGGGACGUUCCGCACGGCGCAGCAAACGUCCUACAAAAUGUACUGGGGACUGGGCCAUGACCUCGGUGCGGUCGCGUUCAAUGCGAGUGGCAUUGGCGGACAGAGCCUCGUGCGCGGCAGCAGCAACUAUGCAUUCGUCAACUCGUCCACGACGCUGCAGUCGGUCAUGAUGACCAAUGGCACGCUCGCGGCACCGCUGCCCGAGGCCUUUGCGAUCCUGACGACGACGGCGCUCGGUCCGUUUGGUACUAUUGACAUGACGUACGUGCCGGUACCACCCGCGCUCGCCACCUUCAUCGUCGACCUCUUGGCGCACGUGCGAUCGACUGUGGCCAACAGCGCGGCCGCCGAAGCCCUCUACUUCAACGUGACGCCGAUCGUGACCUCGUACCCGCUGCCGCUGGCAUGGCUUCAGCUCGUACCCAUCGGAUACGGCGGGUCCCCCCUCUGCCCCGGCGCCGCGCGAACCGCCGGCUCGAAACUCAAGGGCCCGCGGCAGUUCUUUUCGUUUGACGCUGCGUGCUCGUCGGGGGCACCGACGUCGGGAUUGCUCCAGCCGACGCGCGACGCUUACGUGUUUAUGGCCACGAUGGUGCGGCUCCCGUCGCUCGAUGCGGUGUGCGCCAACGACGCAUUCAACCUCGGGUCGUGCGUCGGCGCCUACCCCGUGACGCUCGCCGCCUUUCUCAGCGCGCACAAGUAUGACGUGGCGGCGUCAACGGUCGCAGCGCUCGCAGCGCAGAUCGCAGCCAUGGACAUCCGGGCCAUGGUCUGGGCGAGCCUCACGCCCACCUCCCCGAUUGAGCUCUGGCACAUCAACAUCGUCAACAGCAACGACGCAACGUAUUCGUUUUUCGGGUGGAACUAUAUCUUUGACUGGGCCAUGGGGCAGCGGGAGGUCGUCGCGUUCGUCGGGGACGUCGGGCAUCUCAACCUGAUCUCGGAGCUCCAGGCGCCGCUGGCGCAGGACGUGCUGGCGUGGGAAGUGUCGACAAACAUCGCGCGCUACUUUCGCGCGGGCGUGCUCUACGUCACGUUUGUCAUGAUCGUCCUCGCGGUCAUCACGGGCGGCUACAUUGUCGCGGCGCGCGGCCACAUCCAAGGCCUCAACAUGCUCGAGCUGGCGCGUGUCGGCGGCCACGUUUGGAUCGGUCGACCGUUCCUGCUGCUGCGAAGCGUCACGGCCCUCACGCUUCUCUCGACGAGCACGGUCACCCUCGGCUUCUCGGGCCGCGUCUCGACGCUCGCUAUUGUGACCAUGCCGUGGUACAAGACGCUGCUCGCCGCGAGCGAGGUCACGUGGCUCGUCGCGGUUGUCAACGACAUUAUGAUCGUCUUCACGAGAGGCUACACGGCGUACUAUGCGACGUUCAACAGCGUAGCCGUGUGGGUCACGGCCGCCGCCCUCUCGUUCGCUGCGCCCGUGGCGCCGACGACGCGUCUCGGCCUUGACUGCGACCUGCCGCAGGUCGAUCUCCAGGUCGUCUGCCGCGGCGGCACCAUUGAGAUUGGCCAGGUCGAGCGCCUCGGCGUCUUGGUCGGCAUCGUGUUGGGAUGGAAUGUACUGUGUUAUUGCGGCACUCGGUUCAUUUUCUUCCGCAGCCGCAAGCCGCGAGCGUGCGAAGCCACGUCGCUCCUCUUCUCGUCUGGCGCCAAGUACCUCUUUGAACACUCGAGCCGGACGUCCAACGGCGUCUACUUUCUGGACCGCGCGUCGGCGGCGAUCACGGGCUUGCUCACGCUUCGCUAUCGCGGCCGCAUGUAUGCACUCGACUUCAAGCUCUGGCGCUUCGUCGCGUUGCGCAUGCCAAGCAUCCCCGACACCGAGGUGCACGCCGGGUCGUGGCGCUCGGCCGUACCGCUCCAAGACUAGUGGCGGCCGUAUGCAUAAAUGCAAUGUACAUUUAAACUCUGUCUCUGCAAA